AUGCGGCGGCGUGAGGAGCGCAAAGAGUUUAAACGUGAGCGAGCCCGCGCCGAGAAAGAGCGUAGGGAGAAACAACUAGCAGAGGAGGGGAAGAUCGUCAGGGGCCCCGACGAUGAUCAAGAAAAAGAACAACGAGAUUCUGCUGCAGCAGCUUCCUCGUCCUCAAAGUCUAUAACCUUUGCAACGGUGGAACUACCGCCGCGGAGGAGAAGCCCGGAAAGACCAGUUGUGGAAGUUGAGGACCUAGAGCAUCUGCAGCUCACGCUUGAGGAGUCCUUUUUCUUGUCUUUCGGGCUAGGUGUCUUACAGAUCAAGGAUUCCAAAACCGAUGAAAUCAUUCCUCAAAAAGACUUGCUUUCCAUGUUCCGUUGCCAAUCAUAUUUCCCGCCACGCACGCCCGACAUGCUCCAGCCUGAUGACCCAUUCCUGCUCAACUAUGUUGUCUACCACCACUUCCGCUCACUCGGCUGGGUGGUCAAGUCUGGUAUCAAAUUCGCCGUAGACUACCUUCUCUACAACCGCGGGCCCGUAUUCACACACGCUGAAUUCGCAAUCCUUGUCCUCCCAGCAUAUUCACACCCCUACUGGGACCAUGAUCGAGUGCGCAAGGAGGAGCGCGAGAAGAAGCCGUGGCACUGGCUACACUGCAUCAACCGUGUCAGCUCGCAGGUCAAGAAGACGCUCAUCUUGGUUUACGUAGAGGUCCCACCGCCGCUGGAGAAGACGGGCGCUGAGGAUAAUGUGCCCAAGAUGUUGGCGAGGUACAAGGUGCGCGAAGUGGCGCUGCGCAGGUGGCUGGUUUCUCGUAAUAGAGAUUGA